AUGGCCAUGGAUCAGAACCCCUUCAAGAACACGGACGCGUGGCGAAGGCACCCGCUGCUGAACAACACGUGGAAGCACGGCGCCCCGGGCUUCUUCAUCGGCCUCGCCGCGUUCUCGGCGUUCUACGCCUACGACAAGGCCACCUCCAGGAAGACCGCCAAGCACUGA